AUGCAAAAAUCUGAGCAAAUUGAGGUUUUGGACAAAUCGAAAGAAAUCUUUGGACUCUUUCAAUACUCGCCGAUUUUUGUGUAUGGGCUCGUAAGUUAUCUGAAUGUAUUUAUAAUUGAGAUAGAUGCUAAUGUCAGAUUCGCCUAUUCCUUGCGCCAAUUUAUCUUAUCUACACUCCUGGAUCAUUUCCACUCUUCGAUACUGUAGCAUAUUUGAUCUUUUGCGAUACUUCCUCGAUUUUUCAAUACUUGAUUCCUCUACAAUUUUUGUUCACCAAUACCAAAUUCGCUGCAAAAUUGUGGAAGAAACCGUUUUUGAAUGAUACAUCGAAUCAAGUUUAUAUUCAACAGCAAACAAACGAAGAAACUGAAGAGGGUGAAGGAAAAGAGAAAAUCGGAGAUCAGGAUGUUCCUAACGGCGAGCGAAAUGUGGAUUUUAGUAUUAAUUCCAGUACAAAUGUUAAUGAUGGUGCUAAUUGA